AUGACGCAGUCCGACCUUGAGGUCUUGCUCGAGAUGGGCUUCGAGCAAGAGCGCGCGGAGCUUGCCGUAAAGAAAUCCGGCGGUCUUCAGGGAGCCCUUACUUGGCUGGAAAGCACCCAGGACACCUCUUUAGAAGAGCUGAGGGCAGCCGGAGCGGCAAGCAAAGCGGCUGCGGCUGCGGACAAGGAUGGCGAGAACUCUGAUGACGAGGGCACAACUCAGGCAGCUAUUACGGCCCUGGAGACAAACCAGGAGGCUAAAUCGCUGGUCUGCAACGAGUGCGGCAAGAUGUUCCGCAGCCAGGCCACAGCCGAAUUUCAUGCAGCCAAAUCCGGUCAUACUGACUUCGCUGAGUCAACUGAGGAGGUGGCACCGCUAACCGAAGAGCAAAAGGCUGCCCGGCUGGCGGAGCUGCGGGAUAAGCUGAAGGAGAAGCGGAACAGACAGGCCCUCGCCGAUAAAGAGGAUACGUUACGGAACGAGAAAAUACGUCUAAAGUCCACCAAAGAAUCGCAGGAUCUCAAAGAGGAUCUGCAGCGCAAGGAGCAGAUCAAAGAGGCGGCUAAGAAGCGCGCCGAAAAGAAGGAGGAGAUCGAGGUCAAGAAGCGGAUCAAGGCCCGCAUCGAGGCCGACAAGGAGGAGCGUCGCCGCAAGGCCGAAGAAGCCAAGGCUGCUCGUGAUGGGCGGGCCCCGACACAGCCUGCCGCCAGUUCUGCAGCAGCGUCAUCAUCGGCAGGAGCGGGAUCGUCUCCUUCUUCCACUGCUGCGCACUCCCAGGCUCGCCUCCGUCUUCAGCUGCCAUCUGGCAAUGUGCAAAAAACAUUCUCUGCCGAUGCGACUCUGUUUGAAGUGGCCCAAGCCCUCGAGGCCGACGACAGCUUCAAGGCCAGUCGCUUUGAACUCACCUACCCCCGUAAGGUUUUUGAGGGCCCGACAGAUCUGAGCAAGUCGCUGCGGGAGCUAGGCCUGGUGCCCAGUGCUGUGUUGCGGGUGCAAUAA